AUGGCUUUCACCGAUACUGUCGAGAAGGAGGCCAUUUCGGCCGAGCCUGCAAUGAAGUCUGAGGAGAGUAGUAUCUACAUCGACCGUGAUGCGGAACGGUCGUAUGUGCGAAAGGUGGACUUUUUCGUCCUGCCACUCCUCUGUUUGAUGUACUUUUUUGACUGCAUGGACCGCAGUAACCUGGCAAAUGCGAAAACUGAUGGUCUAGACGAGGAUAUUCACCUGGUCGGGAAUGACUACUCGUUGAUGGUGCUGUUAUUCUACAUCCCCUUCGGGUUGUGUGACUUGCCAUGGAAUCUGCUGCUGAAGCGGUACUCCGGACGCUAUGUGCUGUCUUUCAUGACUGUGGUCUGGGGAAUCCUGGCUCUCUGCCAAUGUGCUGUGAAAGACUUCGGUGGUAUGAUUGCUGUUCGCAUGAUCCUAGGAGUGUUUGAAGCAGGUUUCUUUGCGGGGGCGACAUUUUAUAUGACACUGUUUUACACGCGAGGCGAGAUGGGCUUCCGGCUGGCCAUCAUGCAGUCCUUUGCGGUGCUCGCAUCCGCCUUCAGCGGACUCAUCUCCUUCGGUGUAUUUCAGAUCCACGAUCCAGCUGUCAAAGGCUGGCAAUGGCUGUUCAUAAUUGAAGGUUCAAUGACCUUCCUCAUGGGAAUCAUCUCGUUCUUCUGGUUGCCCGGCAAUCCACGUACUGCAUGGUUUCUCAACGAGCGUGAACGGGCUGCGGCAACGGCACGGUUACUGCGCGACACCUCGGCCGAGGUAGAUACCAAACUGGAUCUGAAGGUUGCAUUUGAGACAUGGAAGGACUGGAAGUUCUCUAUCUGGUGCAUUAUCACGUUCACUUAUCCGGUGGCAUAUGCGACCGCGAUGAAUUUCUUCCCGUUGAUUGUCGAACGACUGGGAUUUUCCACUGUCAAAACAAACCUCUGGACAGUCGCCCCAAACCUGGUAGGCGCGGUAGUGCUUCUCUGUGUGGCCAAGUCGUCGGAUCACUUCCGCGAGCGAACAUUCCACAUAGUGUUCUCGCUGGUGAUAUCCCUUGUCGGGAUGGUCAUCCUGGCGACAAUCGAUGUCCUGAGUUACAAGGGAGUCGCAUAUUUCGCCUGUUUCCUGAUGGCAGCCGGGUCGUAUAUCCCAUCGUGUCUGGUGCAUGCGUGGCAUAACAACAAUAAUAUGCACGAGAACUCGCGUGCAGCCAACACGGGUUUCUUCGUAGGGUUGGGCAAUUUGGCGGGAAUCUUGAGCGCGGCGACGUUUCGCACGCAAUAUGCUCCGAAGUAUAUUCCCACCUUGGUAGCCACCUGCUGCUGCAACGGGGUGUGUAUUGUGGUGGUGAUCGCACUGGGGCUGUGGAUGCGACGGGAGAAUGGCCGACGCGAUCGCCAACAAGGCCGAAGACUGCGUCCGGGAGAAGUGGAUACACGUCAGUUGGCAGAGGGCGAAGACAGCCCGGAUUGGCGGUACUUUCUGUAA